GCCGGGCCGGGCCGAGGCGCAGCGCGGGGCCGGGAUGGCGGCGGGGCGCCGCCGGUGACAGCGGGGCCGUGCAGGAUGUACGGCAAGGGCAAGGGCUGCGGCGUGCCGUCCGACGGGCAGGCCCGCGAGAAGUUGGCGCUGUACGUCUAUGAGUACCUCCUGCACGUGGGAGCGCAGAAAUCCGCGCAGACGUUCCUGUCCGAGAUCCGAUGGGAGAAGAACAUCACGCUGGGGGAACCGCCGGGCUUCCUGCACUCCUGGUGGUGCGUCUUCUGGGACCUCUACUGUGCAGCCCCCGACCGCCGUGAGACGUGCGAGCACUCGAGCGAGGCCAAAGCCUUCCAUGACUACAGCGCGGCGGCGGCGCCCAGCCCGGUGAUGGGGAACCUUCCCCCCAGCGACGGCAUGGCGGGGGGGCCCAUGCCUCCCGGCUUCUUCCAGGUACCCUGGGGGGAUGGAGGGGAGGGGGCAGGGAUGGCUGCUAUGGGGGAACUGCACCACACUCCCCCUCCUCUCACGGCUCCUCUCUUGCAGCCCUUCAUGUCCCCCCGGUACCCCGGCGGCCCCCGCCCCGCACUGCGGAUGAACCAGCCACCUGUGGGUGUCCCCGGCUCUCAGCCGCUGCUGCCCAACGCCAUGGACCCAGCUGCACGGGCACAGGGGCAUCCGAACAUGGGGGGCCCAAUGCAGCGCAUGAAUCCCCCCCGAGGCAUGGGAGGGGGGUGGUGCUGA